AUAAGAAGCGAAUUAUUACUUUGUAAUUUGAAUUACAAAGUUGUGUGUUCAGUGUUGCGAAUAAAAAAUUUAAAAAAAAACAAAUAAAAUAGUUAAUUAUUCACAUUUAUCCAACAUGACUUUAGUAGAGUCUGAUAAUUUAUUAUCUAAAGAAUCAAUUGAGUACUCAGAUGAAAUAAUUAAAGAAUUAUUUGACGUAAAGCUUCCGCUAAAUUGGAAUCAAUUAAAAAGAGAAGAAAAAAGUAAAUUAGUUCAUCAAUGGGCACGCAAAGCUUUUCCUAAUGUGCCUGAAUCAUUGGUUUCGAUUACAGUGGGCUUGACCGUUGAUGGUAAUGCAGCAAAAUUAAUGGACCAAGUACCCGAAUGGUUAGACCGGAAAAAAUUAGCAUGUGGUCAAAAGUUUGCGCGAGAUAAUAUUUUUGGAAUAUAUUUUUCUGUGCUUCUAGCCUUGUUUGCUCUUUUUUCAUUUAAAGAAGGUUUCAAGCCUUUAAUUGCUACCAGAAAAUCAUCAGAGCCUUACACAGCAUUUAAAAGAUAUCUAUCGACUGGAAUACGAGUAAGAAAUUGGUACACUAGUGAUUUUUGGACAAAAGAUACACCAGCUUACAAUGAUAUGAUAGCAGUACGAAGAAUUCACGCAAUUGUACGGAACAAAUUAAACGGAUUGUCAAAGGAAGAAGUUGACAAAGCUGCGACAAUUAAAAAUCCAUGGUCGCCAAUGAGAAAUAUUUUAUCACAAGAUUUUUGGUCAGCGUGCUCUGAAGCUUUACCUGGACAGUGUCCUUUUGCAAUAGAACACACGGGUUCCAUACGACCUAGAAUAAUGAAUCAAGGUGAAAUGGCUGUUACACAAGGCGGAUUUAUCUGCUUAGCAAUUCUUUAUCCUCAGGCUUUCGGACUUCACGCUGCUACUGAUAAAGAUCUUGAUAAUUUUUGCUAUAUCUGGAGAUGUAUUGGUUAUCUUUUGGGUAUCGAUGACGAAUUCAAUUUCUGCCGAGGAUCAUUUGCUGAUAUCAAGCAGCGUUCCGCGGACUAUUUAAAUGAAUGGGUAAAACCGAACUUACGUGACAUAACUCCAGAAUGGGAGCAUAUGAUGAGAUGUAUUACUGCUAGCUCAGAAUAUUAUUCUUCUAAUGUUUCUAAUAGUUCGUAUGAAAUAAUUCUGCUGUAUCUUACGGGGUUGAUGAAUCUUGACAUGCCACGAUUGCGUGCAGCACUUAGCUAUCGAGAUUGGAUAAGAUACUACUUUACCAAGUUUACAAUGUAUUAUGCAAUGCGAGUCCCUCAAAUAAAAAGAUUUGCGGUCUCUCAAACUAACAAAACUUUGGACAAUGCAUCAAAAUUUACGAAAGAAAAGCACGAAAAGUUACAAGAUAAAUCAUCUAAAUUAUUAUCCUCUGCUAGAGCAGAUAAUAAUAUUAAAAAUAUUUCAACUGAGGAUAGAAUUAUUAAAAUAUUAUUAAUAUUCGUGCUACUUCAUGUAGUUAUCAAUUUUUUUUUCUUAAUCUCACGAAAUUAAAUAUUUUAUACUCACAAUAAUUUUUAUUUGUUAAUUAUUUAAAUAUUUUACUGGAAUAAAUAAAAAAUUUUUAAAAUAAUACGA